AUGGCAGCUUCCGCGGCAACCUCGGGGAGGUGUUCAUCCGCUGCAACAAUGUACUGUAUAUCCGCGGCAUGGCCGACGAGGAGUCUGACAUGGACUGAGGGUCACGGCAGCUUCUGCGGGGCUGUCGGAUGGCACCCAGAAGUUUUGGGCAGCAAAAGCCACAGAGACUCUGUGUCUUUGGCUGUGUCCAGCGACGACGCUACCUCUGUGGAACGAAGGCAAGAAAAAGCUGGGAGCUUCCGUAGAGGUGGUCAGGGCGUGCAACUUACGAAGCUAUGGCGCCAAUGCAAUCAAGGCGGGGAGUCGGAGGAUCAGGAGGACCACUCCCUCAUGGAGCUGAAGGACAGAAACCGUCCGAAUUCCUCGCUGAGGAGCCUGGAAGCCGUAGCCGUGGAGGACGCCUCGGACGACGCCUCGGAGAAGGAUCUGAACAGCUCGGUGGAGUUGGAUCCGGCCUCGAGCUGCGCCUCCGAAGAGUCGGAGACGCCCGAAGAGGCGGAAGAUGGCGCGGUGGCGGCGGUUGCGGAAGGGCCUCUGGUUUCGGGCGACGUGGACUCGGAGGAGACUGCUUUGGCCAAUGUCACCAGGUCGGAGGACCUUGAAAACCUGAUGUCGAGAUGCGGGAACUGCUCUGCGUCAGAGAUGGUCCCGGCUGUUUCCGGGUUGUGUGCGACACCGGCCGAGACCGAGACUGUUGGCUAUGUGCUGACGGAGGUUUCCUUGGAUUCCGAGGACUUCUCCGUGCAAGCCUCAUGCGACGGAUCCAUUGGCUUCGAUGGUCUGGCGACGGCGAGAAAAUGUGAUGAGCCCCAGGAACCCUACAGCCUCAGCGGAUGUACUAGGACAUGUCUGAGCAACGAGUCUGUCGGCUAUCUCGUCACGGAGACGUCACUGGAUCGACUGAACUUCGAGGUCUCAGCCAGUUGCCUUCCGGGCUGGAUCGGUGAGGCAAAGGCAUGGCCGUGUUCGCAGGUUGGUGAAGCAUACCAGCUUGCGGGCUGCUCCGAGACCAAACCGGACCCGGCUUCCGUCUGUGGCCUUGGCUCACUUGGCUCAGGCUCGAACUCUUCGUGGACCCUUGAGCAGGCCAGGGCUUUCGCAGAGGAGUUGCUCCAGUUCGCCGGAGACCUCGAAGCUCAGCUCCUCCACGUGCAGCGCGUCGCCAACAUCUCGGCCUUGUCCAAAACGCCGCACGCAGCCGCCUGCGCUGCGGCGCUGCAGCAGCUCGGGGAGGAGGCUCAGCGGCAGCAGCUCGGGGCGCAGCGGCCGCGGCCGUGGCGGCUCCGCGCGCUUUGGCGGCAGCUCGGGGCUCGGGCUGCGGCCUUGGACCCACGGAGCCCCGAAGCGGAGACGCUCCGGCGCUUCGACUCCGUCACGGCCGAGGCGAAGGCAGCCCUGCAGGCCAUGGGCGAAGCGGAGGCGGAGGCGGAGGAAGCGUCGCCAGCGUCGCUUCUGAGAAACUCCAGAGCCGGCUGCGACUUGCAGAGCGUCGAGGCCGCGGGGAAGCGCUUCGAGGAGACUUUGCAGGGCUUCCGGGGACAAGUGAUCUCCAACAUGCUCCCUAGAGAAGUGGAGAACCUCCACCGAGUGGUGCAUACGCUGGAAGUUGCGCGCAACUCGUUGCUUGCGCACUUCGAAGCUGCCGAUGAUCCGUUGCAAGAGUGUGAGAGAUACUUCUCCGGCGUCAGCCAACUGGAAUCAGAUCUCGCACAUUAUCGAAACCUCCUGGAGCCCCCGAAGCCGCAAGCGCAAGCAUCACCGCGGCCUGCGUCGCAGCCGCUACAAGCUGGGCAGUUGCCACAGUUAGAGCUGGCACCGAGCGGCUCACUGCCCAGGGCCGCCAUCAGAGGUGCUGGACCCGCCCUGGAUGCCAGGUCUUUCAGAUGA